AUGAACAUCACACGCCACCAUGGCAUGCACCAGCCUCUGCGCUUCUGGAACCACAGCUAUGGAUUGCAUGGUGGUGCCAAUGAGUCAAGUGGAAAAGGUUACUCCUCUGGGGGGUGCUAUGAGCAACUUUUUGUGGCCCCCGAAGUGUUUGUGACUCUGGGCUUCAUAAGUUUAUUGGAGAACAUUUUGGUCAUUGUGGCAAUAGCCAAGAACAAGAAUCUGCAUUCACCUAUGUACUUUUUCAUCUGUAGUCUGGCAGUGGCUGACAUGCUAGUGAGUCUGUCAAAUGGAUCAGAAACCAUUGUAAUCACCCUGUUAAACAAUACAGACACUGGUGCACAAAGUUUCACCGUAAACAUUGACAAUGUCAUUGACUCGGUGAUUUGCAGUUCCUUACUUGCAUCCAUUUGCAGCCUGCUUUCAAUAGCUGUGGACAGGUAUUUUACCAUCUUUUAUGCUCUCCAGUACCAUAACAUUAUGACAGUGAAGCGUGUAGGGAUCAUCAUAACAUGCAUCUGGGCUGCUUGCACGGUUUCAGGCAUUUUGUUCAUCAUUUACUCAGACAGCAGCGUUGUCAUCAUCUGUCUUAUCAGCAUGUUCUUCACCAUGCUAGUUCUCAUGGCCUCCCUCUAUGUCCACAUGUUCAUGCUGGCCCGACUGCAUAUCAAAAAGAUUGCAGUUCUUCCAGGGACGGGCACCAUUCGUCAAGGUGCCAACAUGAAGGGGGCCAUCACUUUGACCAUCUUGAUAGGGGUUUUUGUUGUGUGCUGGGCCCCAUUUUUCCUCCACUUGAUUUUCUACAUCUCCUGCCCCCACAACCCAUAUUGUGUAUGUUUCAUGUCCCACUUUAACUUGUACCUCAUUCUCAUCAUGUGCAAUUCCAUCAUUGAUCCCCUUAUCUACGCAUUCCGGAGUCAAGAGCUCAGGAAAACCUUCAAGGAGAUCAUUUGCUGCUGUUGUCUGCGAGGGCUUUGUGACUUGUCUAACAAAUAUUAA